AUGAACCUGCGCUCACUGCUUUCAGCUGCUAUCGCAGCCACUGCACUUGCCUCCUCGGGAGCUGUCAGCAUCGAUCAUAACAAGGUGCAGCCGUUCGCGCAGCCCGAGGCGACCACCGUCUCAGAGAAGGCUGCUCGCCUGCUCUACCUGAUGGUCUCGGAGGAGAUACUCGCACUUCAAGAUCUCAUCAUGUGGGAGCAGUUGACCGAAGAGGCACGGACCGGCCUGCGCGAGGCGAACUUCGGCGAGAAGACAAAGGUGCAGUUUAUCGACGCGAACUUUGAAGCGAACCUGGAGAAGGCCCUCCCGUCUCUUGGUUAUCUAUUUGUCGGUUCGGAUACGGGUUGUCAUGAUGCAGCAUGUCUGCUGCUGGCACCCACGCAAGCGGGUACGCCAGCAACAGACAUGCUCAAGGAAGACGUACCUGGUGGCUAG